CGUAAAAGUAAACCAGAAGAAGGUGUGUUACUUUAUCCGAGGAGAGUUGGUUGGGAAACAAGCAUAGAACAAAAUGGCAGACAAUACUAUACAUGUAUUUCUGAAGGCAAUGAAAAUAAACCAGGUAUGGGAUUGGAUAAAUUAAAGAAAGAUGAUAUUAAAAAAUUGUUGGAUCAAAGAGACCUAAAUUAUGAUGAAAAAAAUAAUUGA